ACAUUUUCAGCUGGUGCAUUCUGCAGAUAUCUGCUUGCUUUUAAAAUUAUCCAGCGAUUUCAAUUAAAUAUUCAACGAAUAAAGAUACGAUUGUCUUACAAGUGCUGUUUUAAUAUUGAAUUCUUUUGUACAUUUUAUAAACAAAUUCAUUAUUAUUAACUACAGUGCGUGUGUGUAGGCAGAAGUGCACAAGGAGCAGCGUUGGCAAAUAAACUUUGAAGCUGCUAAAAUUAAGCGCAAAUACAGAAAACAACCAUAUAGUAUCGUUUAAAAUUAAAUAGAGAUAAUUGCAGCAGCUGUACCGGUGACGCAGCAAUAAAGUCUUGUAAAAACCUUUUUCGUAUAAAUUUUCUUUUUUGUUUACAACUCAAGAAGUUUGCCUGCUGAGAAGCUUUAAGAGAAGUGACAACUAUACAUGCCCGGUUUUCACAUAAAUGAAAUGGGUGAAAUGGUUUUGGAUGCCAUCGAUGACAUCGCUGUUGUUGAUGUCUACGAUUUAGCAACAGAUAUUGGUAAGGAAUAUGAGCGAAUUAUAGACCGUUACGGCACCGAUGCCGUAACAGGCAUAAUGCCAAAGAUCAUCAAUACGCUCGAGCUGCUGGAGGCACUGGCGACCAAAAAUGAGCGUGAAAAUGCAACAAUACAGGAGUUGCGUGAAAAGAUAGCACAACUGGAGAGUGAAAAAUCCGAAAAGGCCGAGUAUCGCAGGCGUUUCGAAAGGGAAAUGGAGGUGCUUGAAGAGCAAUGGCGUACUGAAACCAAUGAAUUGGUAGAAAUGGUACAAACAUUACAGGAUGAAAACAAGCGUCUAGCUAAACAAACGCAGGAUCUGCAAUCAUCUUCCGCACACUCUUCCGGCUUAGGCGCUAGUUUGACCGAGAGCAUCAUUAGCAUUACAAAUAAUGAGUUGAAUGCUGCGCUAACCGAUACGCAAGUGUUGCAACGCUUAAAGGAACAAAUCUACAAACAACGUGACGAGCUGAAAGAAAAGGAGCACGAACUGCAGGAAAAAUAUGGCGAAAUCGAAAAUCUGCACAUACAAAUGGAUCGCUUGAAAUCGUCUGGACGCGAUGCACACCGUCGACGCAAAAUGUUGCAGUCGCAGGUGAAGACGUUGUGCGAGGAGCGCGCCGACUUUCUCGCCCAACUGCAGGACCAAUAUCGUGACAUUAAUCAAUUACGCAAGCAACUCGGUUUGGCUGAGAAGGAGAAUGAGGAUUUGGUGAAAUCAUGCAGCGACGACCCCAACGAUCCGAAUCGUCCGCGUUACACAACGCUACAGUUGAAGGAGUUAAUUUGUGAACGUGACGAAUUAAUCACCACUGUUGACAAUUUGACCGAAGAGUUGAAGGCACUCAAACCUAGUAAUGCCAAAACGACAGCGGUCGGUGGUGCCGGCGGUAGCGGUGGUGGUGAUUCAAGUUCGUAUGAUUAUGACGACGAGGAUGAUGAUGUGGAUGAGGAAUCACAAGAGGCGCAAGAAGGCGCUGUGUGUGGCACGCCACCUGACCAUGAUGCACCAGUACAAGGACCUCUACCGUAUGAGCCAGACGAUGCUCCCUGGAAGAAGAGCAGUGAAUCCGGCAUACGAAAAUUCUUCCGCCGCCUGUUCUCCGACACUUCGGAUACUUCCAAACGUUCCUUGGCUACGCUGUCGAAAAUGGCACUCUCCGCCACACCUGGCAGUAUGGAGGCCAAGUAAAUUGCUGUACGUUUUUGUUUGUGUUGAAAGCAUUUUGUGCAAAUAGCUGUAAUUUUUCGGUUUUAAGAAAAGCAAGUGUCGUUAAAUGAAAACGAAAAUUUCGCUGACACAAUUUGUUGGAAACAUUUUAGCUGGAAAUGGUGAACAUUCCUCCCUUUGCUGAAAAUAACUACACUACACUACAGAAGUAUACAUGUAUAAUGUGAAUGCGUUGAUAUUAACACAAAGAAAGACGAUAAAUGAAGGAAUUUUUUAGGUUAUGUAUGCUUUUUUUUUGGUUAGAAAUAUGUGAUGUUUUUUGAUUGCUAGGUGUUGACUACAAAUGUUUAGUAUUGAAAAGGGCGCGCUAAAUUAGUGAUAUAUGUAACAGCGAAAUAAUGCUGUUGAAUUUUUUUUCAAUUUUAAUUUUAGAAGAAAAAAUAAAAUGCCAAAAGUUGUGAUUUCAAAGUUUGGGUUGAAAAGUAUUAAAUUAUCAUCAUAUUUAGUCUUGGUUCAUGCAGAAAUAAUGGUAAUAAAUAGUCAAAUACGCAUUAUAAAUUUAAAAAUUCUGCAUAACCUAAAAUUGUUGUAUGUGUUUUGGCUUUAAAUAGCAGCCUUUGCAGCGCUACUUAGCUUAAUUAUUCUUUUCUAAGCGCCUCGCAAGCAUUUGUAAGCUCAAUAUUAAUGCGUCUAGGAAAUUCUCUGCACUUAUCGUCCUUCAACAUUUAUGAUAAAGCCAAAUAUGUUUAUAAGUGUUUUCUAUUUUAUAUACAAACAUAUAUAUUUAUUGCCUUCUAUACAAUUUUUCUAUUUAAUUUAUAAAGUCCAAGCACGUAUGUAUGUAUACCAAUACACAUGUGAUGCCAUGUAAUGCGUAUAUUUGUAAUUAUUUAUUUUUUUUAUUAUUAUUUUUAAUUAUUUUUGGUAAGGUGCUAUUUUUUCCAAAGUCCCGAGCACAACAAACAAAAUUAAGUAAGUAAGUGUAAAUUGUGCAUGUGUUUAAUAAUUUAUUAUAUAAUUAUAUUUAUUCUACAAAAACGUAAAGCGUAAAAAAAAGUAU